CCAACCUAUAUCCAAUUUUAUUUUUGUUUCCAUUCCUUCUUUUCAUCCAACAACACUGGUGUCUACAACCAUUAGCAACUGCGGCUGAUGGUUUCAUUGGCAUAAACGGAGCUCACUUCACGUUGAAUGGUGCACCAUUCUACGCGAAUGGGUUCAAUGCUUACUGGCUAAUGGAUGUAGCCUCAAAACCGUGUCAAAGAUCCAAAGUUACCUCAGCUUUUCGAGAAGCUAUUAGCCGUUCACUUGUGAUUGCAAGAACUUGGGCCUUUAGCGACGGUGGUUCAAAUGCAUUGCAAUCUUCGCCUGGUGUUUACAAUGAAAAUAUGUUUAAGGCUUUGGAUUUUGUGAUAUCCGAGGGAGGGAAAUUUGGAGUUAAGCUAAUAUUGAGCCUUGUGAACAACUUUAAUGACUAUGGUGGGAAGGGCCAGUACGUGCAAUGGGCAAGAGAACGAGGGCAGAAAAUGCAAAAUGAAGAUAGCUUUUUUACCAAUCCCAUGGUAAAAGGCUUUUUCAAAAAUCACAUUAAGACCGUUCUAACUAGAAGAAAUACUAUUACUGGAGUGAUGUACAAAGACGACCCAACAAUAAUGGCUUGGGAACUUAUGAACGAACCUCGUUGUCCUGCUGAUGUCUCUGGUGCCACAGUUCAGAAUUGGAUAUCUGAGAUGGCUUGUUACUUGAAAUCUAUAGAUGCAAAUCACUUGCUAGAAGUGGGCUUAGAAGGGUUUUAUGGAGCAUCAUCCUUUCAAAAGAACCCCAAUAAUUCACCUCAUGAAACUGAUUUCAUUGCUAAUAAUCAAAUCCGAGAAGUUGAUUUUGCGACAGUACAUUCAUAUCCUGAUCAAUGGUUACCCAACCGAAACAAUGUUGCCCAACUAGAAUUCUUGCAACAAUGGAUCUAUGAUCAUAUUGUGGACGCACAAGAAGUUCUUAAAAAACCGGUUAUUUUUGCAGAGUUUGGGAAAUCAUGGAAACAACCUGGUUAUAAUGUGAGCCAAAAAAAUCAAUUGUACAAUAUGGUUUAUACAUGGAUUUAUAGAUCAGCAAGCGGUGGUGUAGCUUCCGGAGGAUUGUUUUGGCAACAACUAGUAGAGGGAAUGGACUCUUACAAAGACGGAUAUGAAGUGAUUUUAACAGAACCUUCAUCGACGGUUCGUUUAAUUACCCAACAGGCGAAAAAACUAAGAGCACUGGUAGAAGAUUUCCCCAAAAAUAAAAAAAUAAAGAUAAAAAAUGGAUACAAACAUAACUUAGUUUAUAAGCAAUAG